AUGCGCUACACAAUUGGUCGCGCGGGACCAAAAACGGAAGCGCGCAUGCGCGGACCAGAGCGACGGAGCGUGCAGCGCUCAGUCCUCCUGCAGCCACGAAUAGGUGGCGUUGUUGCGAGCGAUAACGGGCGGCCGGCCGGCCCUAAGUUUGACAUUGAAGUAGAUAAAGAGAUAUGGCCGAUAACUCUUUUACUUACUGUGACAGUGACGAAGAGGUUUUUUUGGGGGAAAGUUACAGAAAAAGAUAUACGGAAGCGUGCUUUACUUGGAAAUUGCUUUGACUCACCUGUUGUAAGAAGCAGCACACCCAGGCCAUCAGCAACUAAGAAACUUGCAGGAAGCAGUUCCCAAGUUUUACCCGAUGUGCUCAAUGACUCAGUUAAACACAGUUUUCCUGCUAACUGUGAAGAACUUCCAAAUAUUGAGGAACCAAAAGGUAGUUCAAACGUAGAAAAUUCUGCUAUUCUGAAUGAUUCACUCAACAAAGAUGAAGAUGUUGACAGUGAUGUAGUUAUAAUUGACUUGGAUGGCCAAAAUGAUUCUGUAGUGAUCAUAUCAGAUGAUGAAAACUUAACAGGCAAUGAUGAACUUUGUCAGAAUCGUAGUGGAAAUAAGCCUACUGUAGGAACCGGAGAGGAUAAGUUUUGUGAUACAUUCAGUGCUAUAUCUACAGAAGAUAAAAUUGAACACACAAGCCGUAUUGAAGUAGAAAACUCAAGCCAAACUGCUGAUAAAACUACUGAUGAUGUCUUGAAGAACCUGAAUGAAUAUCUGGGUAAUAACAGCACUGUGUCUGAUCUAAGCUUCAACUCGAAAACAAAAAUUAGAGUGUGGAAAUCUUGAAAAUACCAGUUCUUUGUCUAAUGAAGACUUAGAAUUCAAUACUGCUGAUACUACUAAAGAGAGUAACAACAUUUUAGGAGUUGAACAUGACCUUGAAAACAAAGCCAUAGUUGAGUCUAGAAAUGUUGAAGACACUUUUUCAUCGGAGGAGUUGAAUGAAUGUAGAGAGGUAUCUGAAACUGAGAAACUAGUUGAAUCGAAUGAGGAUGCAGUGUCAAUGGAGUCAGCUUUGGAAAGUGUUGCAGAAACCAACAAACGUGAUACAAUAGAUCCAUUGUCUGUGGAAGCAUUAAUUCAAGCUUCAA